UCGGGAUUCUCUCUCCUCUCUCUCUCUCCAGAUUUUUUUUUUUAAAUCUCUUUUCCUUCCUCGUGAUACCGCUUCUUCUUCCUUGGUGACUUUCUCCCAGAUUUUCCCUCUUUGAUUCCCCGGAGAUCCUCCAAAUGACGACGGCGACGGCGACGGCAAUGACUUCGACGGAUCGGAAUGACGCAUUACAUAAGCUACCUAAUGGUAACGCUACCGUUGAUACGUUGUCUGAUUUGUCUUCCGAGUUGAACUCACGCGAAGCCAAUCAGAUCGGAGGUCAUGUAGAAUCGGCUAACGAAAUUAAUAACGGGAAGAAUGGCGGUGAUAAGGCUGAGAAUGGAGAGGAGAAAGGAAAACGUAGUUUAACAAGUUUGUCUCAUAGGCCAUCUGCUCCAGCGCAUCGGAGAAUUAUGGAGAGUCCUUUGAGCUCCGACGCUAUAUUUAAACAGAGUCAUGCAGGUCUUUUCAACCUUUGUAUAGUGGUUCUUGUUGCAGUGAACAGCAGGUUAAUCAUUGAGAAUCUAAUGAAGUACGGAUUAUUGAUUAGGACUGGCUUUUGGUUUAGCUCAAGGUCAUUAAGGGAUUGGCCACUCUUUAUGUGCUGUCUUUCUCUUCCAGUACUCCCUGUUGCUAGCUUUGUUGUAGAAAAGUUGGCACAUAAGAAGAGUAUAUCUGAGCCAGUUGUUGUUGUACUUCAUAUCUUCAUAACUACUUUAUCAGUCCUUUAUCCGGUUCUUGUAAUCCUCAGGUGUGAUUCUGCAGUUUUAUCUGGUGUCACGUUAAUGCUCUUCGCAUGCAUUGUGUGGUUAAAAUUGGUCUCUUAUGCACAUACGAAUUAUGAUUUGAGAGCUCUCUCAAAGGCAUAUGCCAAGGAGGAGGCAUUAUUUGGUUCGAAAAUGUACCAAUCCACUGAAGUCAGCUUUAAAAGUUUGGUGUACUUCAUGUUGGCUCCAACAAUGUGUUACCAGCCAAGUUAUCCCCGCACUGCAUGCAUACGAAAGCGUUGGGUUGCACGUCAACUGGUCAAGUUGAUUAUAUUUACAGGGCUCAUGGGUUUCAUUAUUGAACAGUACAUUAAUCCGAUUGUCAAGAAUUCACAGCAUCCACUGAAAGGGAAUUUGUUAACUGGAUUGGAGAGGGUUCUGAAGCUUUCUGUUCCAAUUCUUUAUGUUUGGCUCUGCAUGUUCUACUGCUUCUUUCACCUCUGGUUGAACAUACUUGCUGAACUCCUCCGAUUUGGUGAUCGUGAGUUCUACAAAGACUGGUGGAAUGCAAAGUCUGUGGAGGAGUACUGGAGAAUGUGGAACAUGCCUGUGCAUAAAUGGAUGAUACGCCAUGUUUAUUUUCCAAGCUUACGAAAUGGAAUACCUAAGAUGGUAGCUGUUGUGAUUGCUUUCUUUGUAUCUGCCAUUUUCCACGAGCUAUGUAUUGCUGUUCCGUGCCAUAUAUUCAAAUUUUGGGCCUUUAUUGGUAUCAUGUUUCAGGUUCCCUUAGUCAUUGUGACAAAUUUCCUGCAAAAUAAGUUUCAGAACUCUAUGGUAGGAAAUAUGAUAUUUUGGUGUUCUUUCUGCAUCUUCGGUCAGCCUAUGUCUGUACUGCUUUACUACCAUGACUUGAUGAACAGAAUAGUUGGAUCGCAGUGAAUUAUCCAUCCGGUCAGAUAAUAGUGUUGUUUGUUUGUUUGUACAUGGAUUUUUUCCCCCUUAAUUGAGGAGAUUGUGUAUAACUUUUGUCAUUCUUGUGGAAUUCAUUGGCUGUGUAUGUAUGGCCUCUUUUUGUACCAUUAUUAUUCUCUAGCAAGUUUAACUUACUUUAGGUUUUAUGCUUUUAUUUAUCUUGUUCAAGCUUUUUUUGGUCACAUAGUGAUCAUUAUCACUCAACUGAAGAGAACUUCAAAUGGAAUGAAAUCUCGAAUAAGUUUUUAUUUA